AUGGAAAUGUUACUUCUAGAUGGAAGAACUGAAAAACGACCGAACUCAUCUUCCUCACUUGAUCGAUUCAUCCCGGAUAUGCCACAAAAAGUGAAAUCUCGACGAAAAAUGCGGAAGUUAAUGUGCAUAUCAGGAAUCUGCGUCACAAUCUUCUUCAUCAUUGCAGUUUCCAGUGGAGAUUCACCAAACAACAUUCCAUUAUGGAGUGCCGAUAUGAGAGAUCCAAAGAGAAAUGAACACAGUUUUCGGAUUUUGUUGGUUGGUGAUACUGGAGGUAUUCCAAUUCUGGAAACAACACGAGCACAGACUAAAGUCAAAGAAACAAUGACAUCGGUGGCAAACGAAAAAGAUAUUCAAAUGGUUCUCAACAUGGGGGAUAAUAUCUAUUUCACUGGACCAACAGAUGAAUUUGAUCCCAGGUUUGAGUCUCGAUUCGAAGCCGUCUACGAUUCUCCAAGUCUUCAAGUAAAAUGGUUAACAAUCGCUGGAAAUCAUGAUCAUUUUGGAAAUGUCACUGCAGAAAUAGAGUAUACAAAACGAAGUAGAAAAUGGUAUUUCCCAUCUUUAUACUAUAAAGAAAGCGAAGAAUUCAAUGGGACGAAAAUCGACUUCAUUAUGAUUGAUACCAUUUCGUUGUGUGGAAAUACAAAAGACAUUCAAAAUGCAGGAUUCAUUGAAAUGUUACGAAAUGAGUCACACGAUCCUAGAGGUCCAAUGAAUGUUACAGCUGCGGAAAAGCAAUGGAAAUGGUUGGAAACGAAUCUGGAAGAGAGCGAUGCUCAAUAUCUCAUUGUAUCUGGUCAUUAUCCUAUCCAUUCUAUGUCGUCGCAUGGUCCGACUGACUGUCUUCGACAGCGAUUAGAUCCACUGUUGAAACGAUUCAAUGUUAAUGCAUACUUCUCUGGGCAUGAUCAUUCAUUACAGCAUUUCAUCUUCGAUGGAAACGACGAUCACAAGAUUCAUUAUGUUGUUUCGGGAGCCGCUUCUCGUGCAGAUGCCUCUGACAAACACAUUAAGGAGUUUAUCAAAGACAAUUUAAAAUUCAACUACCCUGAAAAAUCGUGGUUUUCGUGGUCGCCAGUGUCUCAGCUCGGAUUUCUGAAAGGCGGAUUUAUUUACGCCGAAUUCGGGCAUGAAUCAGCUCGACUCGACUUUUUUGAUAAAAAAGGAAAACAACUAUACGCUGCUCUCAUUCCAAUUCGUCAAAUCCCGAAAGACACUGCUACAAAAUCGACUGUUUCUCCGUUUAUUGAAAUCUAA